ACAAAAAAUAUCGAUCAGUAGGCCAUCCACAUACAUUUUACAUGGUAAAUCAGUUUCUAAAAGACAAUACAACAAAAUCUGCUCUAUUAAAAUGCGAGAACGAAAGCACCGAAAGAAGGUGAGCUUACAGGAGGAGCGCAAGGAACGAAUUUUGAAAUUUCUUCGCGAAAAUCGAGAUUCCCAGCCUAUUACUUUAGCGGAUAAGAGAACACCUGCGAGCCAAAAGAAACCACCUCAAAGUGUGGGUGUGCGAAGGUGUGCGAAGAAGGAUCUUACUUCGUGUUUGAUCGCAACACCGCCAAUUACUCCGCGAUUGACAGCCGGUGAGAACAACCCCGUCGUACGAAGAACAGGGAAGCAGCCCCGGGACGAUGAAGAGUGCCAGUUCAAUGCACCGGGUAUAUUCUUCCUUAAGGGACGAAACGAAAAUCUAAGCAACCAAGAAGUGUUCUUGAAACCCAUGAAACCCAUACGCCAGGAGCUGAAGAAUAAGUGCGACUUCUUUCCAAAAUAUGUGGACCCGUCUCCCUUCAAAGACAAAAUGACCCAGACGUUAUAUAGGGAGUCCUCGGCGCAGACUUUGCCCUAUUUGCCUGAGAUCUACGACUACGACAAAGCCCGAACCCUAGAGCUCUUUACUCUGCCCUCAAUUCUUUCAGGCGACAAGCCACCAGGACUUUAUGAGGUAGAAGUUUUGGAGCGCUCUCGAAGGCGUCGAAAGUUCUUGGAGGCACUAAAGAUAAACUUUAAGACCCAGCGGCUAAAUGAUCGACAGCUGGGCAUAAAUCGGUACAAUUCGAUUUUUGAGGCCCUCGAAUGGGAGCACUGGGUGGAGCGGGAGGAACAGAUACAGGACUGCCAGAUGCGGCGGCUGGAGAUUGUGAUCAAGAUGUUUGACAAGCGGGAGAGGGAAAUGCACGCCGCCUCCAAGACGCGAUUGGAACGAGGAUGCGAACUGAUCGAGAAGCGUCGCAGGGCGGCUUUGCACAAGAAUGAGAUCGAGUACCAGCGUGGCAUGCGCCGCAUAAGCAAGGAACUGGGCAAGACCUCGAUUAGAUGGGAGAAGCAGACACCCAUGUACUCCCUGGGAUCCCCCUGCUCCGAGUUCUAUGCUCCGCAAUUGAAAUACGGGGUGGAUCCGGCUCGUCGCAGUUUCUCUUCCACCACGGCCACCCGAGCCUUCAACAUGAGAAUCGACGAGCUGGAGAGGCAAAUAAAUCUCAGAAUAGUGGAGUGCCCAUUCGCCAAGCUAAAGCAAUGGUCUCAGCCCAAACGGCGGCUGUUGGAGAUCGAGCAUCGUUUCUGCAAGGAGGAGCACUUGCAAAGCCUUUACAAAUCUCUGAAGACCCUGAGGGCCAGCUAUGAAGAUCACAGGCCAAAACCCGAGUGCCUCAAGGUGCGCCAUAUGGAACCGUUUAAAACUGGCAGAUACGGCAGGAUGACCCUGGCAACAAUUAAGAGUUUCACCAGCCUCUAUGCAAGGAAUGAGGAAGUGGCACCCGACUCCUAUAGGACCUCGCAAAGGGAGGCUUUCGAGCAGCAUAUUAAACGGCAGAAAGCCCAGAUCCCGGCCGAAUAUGCUCAAAAACUAGCGAGGGACGAAUCGAAAAGCGACCUAAAAAACAUGAUGGUCGCGUACGAGGGCAGCUUGAUCGGCCACAUGAUGCAGUUCCUCAGCGAUGAAAUGGCUCGGCUGAAGGAGCAGCGUCGUCUGCACUUUUUUUCGGUUUUGGCCGAAAAAGAGCGUUGGCGGCGCCAGGCAACCGAGGCGGGAUUGCGGCAGAAGGAGAACGCGAUGAGGAUGCUCUACGAGGAGAUGUUCCAGCAAAUCAAUGUCAACCGCUUUGAUGUCAGUGAUCACUUUGUCCACAGUAUCCUGACCACCGACUUGGGUCACAUAGCUGCCAACGAAGCAGCCGAGACAGUCACCGAAAUGGCUAAGCAAAUUGAUGUGGACAUAGAAAGAUGGCUGGAGAGUUUCAAGCUGAUACAAAAUCCUCUCAACUACAUUCCUCUGCGCCUGAUGCUGCAGGACAUGGUCUGCCCGGACUUAAAUGCUGCACUGCAGCGCCACGAGAAGACCAUGAUUGCCCAGUACAUAGUGGACGAUGUGAUCUUUGCCAGAAUGUGGAGGGAACUGGAGCCGUAUGACAUAUCAAGCACCCUGACCAGCGAUCUAAUUGACCGUCUCAUCGACAACGAUCUCUACUUAUUCUCCUCUGAGAGUGAAAGUGAAGCAAACCAGAAAACAUCCUGGUACGAAGCCCAUGCCAUUAUCCGGAAACUUAAAAGACAGUCGGUUCCCGGCAAACGCUGGAAAGAGGAGGCCGAACGCAUCGUUUACGAGAACUACAAUGAUCUGUUGGAUAAUAUUUUUGAUGAAAUUAUUUACAACAUGGAAAAUCCACCACCCAUCGAACCGGUCGUAAUACACGCAGAGUAUUCAAACGAAAGCCUUUUGGGCACAAAGGACAUUCUAAUGAAUAACAGGUUUUUCGCCCAACUACAGGGAAAUCAAUCUGAUACGAGUGCCUAUGACAGGCGGAUAGUUAAAAAUCAAAUUUUAAACCUAGUCAAGAAGAAGAAUCGACUUUCCAAAAGCAACCUCGACCCAGAUGAAAUAUAUAAGAGACCCCCACCACCGUCGAUGGAUCUGAAGUAUCUAGAGACAGAGGCGGCAGAUGCCGAAAGCGAUGACCCUUGGCCCUGGCUUCCAAAUUGCCCAACUCCGAGCCUCUCAGAAGUAAAUGUUGAUGAAAACGUCCAUUUUACAUCGGCAGUUACCUGGAAUCCGAAGUAAAAGAUAUAAAUGAAAGAGAGUAGGGAUGGUGUUAUCCCAAACUUAUAUUUUUACAAUAUUCUAUCUGUAUAUUUUUAAUAAACAUUAUUGCUACAUGUU